GGAAUGGCCGGCGCCUUCCUGCAGUCGGCCCAGGCGUCCACCCUCCGCAAGCUUUCCAUCGACGUUGACAUGAGCCCUGCGGACCGCGACAUGCUGACCGCCUUCCUGUCGCAGGGCGAGGGCUACGCGCCGAAGUCUGGGCAGAUCGUGGGCAUCCUGAAGGAGAUGUCCGACACGAUGGGCAAGGAGCUAUCGGACGCCACCGCGACCGAGGAGGCAGCGAUCAAGGACUACGAGGCCCUGGCCGCCGCGAAGACGAAGGAGAUCGAGGCCCUCUCCGCGUCGAUCGAGGCCACCCUGGAGAAGUCGGGCAAGCUCGCCCUGGACAUCGUGGCCAUGAAGGAGGACAUCGACGACACCUCCAAGACGCUUUCGGAGGACAAGGCCUUCCUCGACGGCCUCGAGACGGGCCCGCCGGGCCGGGC